AUGUACAAUCAGUCAGCAAACGGCUAUUCAGGUGGAGGCGGGGGAGGUGGUCCUGGCUACCCAGAAAAUCCUCGAUAUAACGACGAAGGUGAACCGUACGAAGAAGACGAAUUUGGACGUACAGAGGAAGAAUUUGCUGAAGAUAUGCAACGUGAGUUAGCUGAUGACGCACCAUGGAAAAGAAUCCAACAGAACACAUUUACACGUUGGGCUAACGAACACUUAAAGUUAGUUAAUCGUAACUUGGAUGAUUUACAAAGUGAAUUAGGCGAUGGCUUGAAUUUGAUCGCUCUAAUCGAAGUUUUGUCACAAAAGAAACUACCCAAAUACAAUAAACGACCAAAUUUCAUCUCACAAAAACUUGCUAAUGUUUCAAUGGUACUUGAUUUUCUUGAAAAUACCGAACGUAUACGUCUUGUCAAUAUCGAUGCAACGCACAUUGUUGAGGGAAAAUUGAAACUUAUUCUUGGCUUAAUAUGGACACUUAUCUUACAUUAUUCGAUUUCGUUACCUAUGUGGGAAUUCGAAACACCCGAUGCACCGGGCUCGGGACGAGAUGCGACACCAAAACAAAAAUUAAUGAAUUGGAUCCAAGAGAAAUUACCACCCGAAUUACCUAUUUCGAAUUUUACAUCUGAUUGGAACGACGGCCGUGCUAUUGGAGCACUUGUUGAUGCUUGUGCACCGGGACUCUUUCCGGAUUGGAACAAACGUGAUCCACGUAAUGCAUUAGAAAAUGCUAAAGAAGCCAUGGAUCUGGCUGAACGUUGGUUGGGCAUCCCACAAUUGAUUCAACCACAUGAAAUGGUUAAUCCACAAGUUGAUGAACAAUCGAUGAUGACAUAUUUAUCACAAUAUCCAAGCGCUAAAUUGAAACCGGGAGCACCACUUCAGCCACGAACAAAUUCAGCACGUGUCCGAUGUUAUGGUAAAGGUAUCGAACCAACCGGUAAUCAAGUUGGUGCGCCGGCCAAAUUCCAUGUCGAGACAUUUGCAGCAGGUCAAGGCAAUGUCGAACCUAUUGUUAUCAAUCCCAGAGGUCAACGAGAAAAAUGCGAUGUGGAAUUUCGUAACGAUAAGAAUCAAACUUAUGAUUGCACUUAUUAUCCAUCGAUGGAAGGACAAUACAAAGUUAUUGUGAAAUACGGUGGACAAGAAGUACCACGAUCACCAUUCUCACCGUACAUUGAAGGAAAAGCUGGUGAUGCUAGUCAAUGCCGAGCACACGGUCCAGGUCUUGAACCAAAUGGAGUGAUGGUUGAUAAACCAACAUGGUUCGAAAUCGAUGCAACAAAUGCAGGCAAUGGUCUGGCUGAAGUCAUUCUUGUUGAUCCACGUGGUCGACAAGAUGCCGUGCCCGUAUCUGUUAAACAAAUUGGUCCGGGAAGAUUUCGUUGUGAAUACGUACCACGUGAACCUGGCCUUCAUUCGGUUAAUGUCUUCUUUGCUGGUCGACCAAUACCAAAUAGUCCUUUUGGUGUUAAUGUUGCAUCAUCAUCGGACGCAAAGAAAUGUCGCGCUUAUGGACGAGGUAUUCAACCAAAAGGUGUUCGUACAGGUGAUGUAGCUGAAUUUCGUGUCAUUACAAAGGAUGCUGGCGAAGGUGCUAUGAAGGCGACCGUUACUGGACCAGAUGGUAAUGAAAUACCUUGCCGUGUAACGAAAACCAAUAGUACAACGUACGAAUGUGGCUAUGUACCCAAUCGCGUAGGUCCUCAUACAGUCAAUAUAACCUACGGUGGUGCACAUAUUCCACGCAGUCCAUUUCCUGUUAUGGUUGGACCCUACAAGGACUCACGUAUUCGAGCUUUUGGACCAGGUCUUGAAGGUGGCGUGGUUGGCUAUCCAGCUGAUUUUGUCGUUGAAACGAAUGGAGAAACUGGUUCAUUAGGUUUCUCGAUUGAAGGACCAUCACAAGCUCGUAUCGAAUGUCACGACAAUGGUGAUGGAUCAGCUAACGUACGAUAUUGGCCGACAGUACCUGGUGAAUAUGCAGUACAUAUUCUAUGCAAUGAUGAGGAUAUCCCACUUUCGCCAUUUAUGGCUUGGAUCGAAGGACCAGGAAAUUUCGAUCCAACUAAAGUUCGAGCAUAUGGUCCAGGAAUUGAACCAUCGGGACAAAUUAUUGGCAAACCAACGGAAUUUACUAUUGAUGCACAAAAUGCCGGAGAAGCACCAUUACGUGUUCAAGCUAUGGAUCAAGAAUAUCAACCGGUCGAUGUUCAAGUUCGAAAUAAUGGAAAUGGAACAUAUACUUGCCGAUAUACACCACGUACUCCAUUACGUCACUGUAUCUUAGUGGACUAUGGAGGUGUUGCCAUACCAAAUAGUCCAUUUCGUGUUUGGCCAACCGAACCAUCGAAUCCUUCGAAAGUUCGUGUCUUUGGUCCAGGUGUUGAACGUGGUGUUAAAAUGCAUAAUCCAACAUACUUUAUUGUUGAUUGUAAAGAAGCUGGACCAGGUGACAUUUCGAUUGCAUUAACCGAUACGAAAAAUCAAGAUGUACCAUUUUCUAUCGAUGACAAUCAAGAUGGUACCUUUCGUAUUGCAUACACACCAAAAUUACCAGGUGUACAUUGUAUCAGUGUUCUAUUUGGCGAUAACGAAAUACCGAUUUCACCAAUCAAAGUCAAUGUUGAACCCAAUAUUGAUGUUAGUAAAAUACGUGUCGAAGGUCUUGAAACAAUGCCUAUUGUUGGACAGCCUGCCCAGGUAACAUUGAAUACACUAGCGGCCGGUCCAUUACCGCCCAAUGCGGUUCAUGCACGUAUUACCGGACCAUCAGGAAAUACGCAGGACGCAGUUGUCACGCCUGCACCACAAGGAUAUAAUCUUCGUUUUAACGUACCCGAACCGGGAACAUAUGUCAUUGAACCAGAUGUAUGUACGUUACCUUUACGCCCUGUGCAAGUGACAGCGAUAGAACCGCUUGACCCAAGUAAAGUUCGUGCCUACGGGCCAGGCCUCUCGCAAGGUACAGUCAAUAAACCAGCCGAUUUCAUCGUUGAUACUCGCGGAGCUGGUAAUGGACAAUUGGGCGUAACAGUAGAAGGACCAUCGGAAUCGAAAAUCGACUAUCAAGAUAAUAAUGAUGGUAGUUGUCGGGUGACCUAUCAUCCAACAGUCGCUGGCAACUACAAUAUUAAUAUCCUAUACGAAGGCAAGCAUAUUCCAGGCUCACCGUUUCGUGCUGCUGUACGAGCCGAUCUUGACGUUCGAUCUAUUCGUUGUUAUGGACCAGGUCUCGAUCCCCAGGGAGUAUUUCUCGAAAGUCCAACUGAAUUUACUGUCGAUGCCAAAUCAGUUACUGGUAGUGGUUCUGGACGUGUCGAAUGUUUAUUGACAGCACCGAGUGGUCGACUAGUUCGAUGUCCCGUACGAAAUAUGGGCGAUGGUACUUAUCAAGUUCAAUAUGCACCCUACGAACAAGGUCCACAUCAACUUGAAGUCACUUAUGAAAAUAUUCCUGUACCGGGAAGUACAUUUCGCGUCAAUGCUGUACCGGGUUGUGAUCCAUUACGUGUACGUGCGUAUGGACCAGGUCUCGAAUAUGCGACCACCAACGAACCAGCAACAUUUACUGUCGAAACCAAAGGUGCUGGACAAGGUAGCCUUGGAUUGGCAAUUGAAGGACCAUCGGAAGCGAAAAUGGUUUGCAAAGAUAAUCAAGAUGGAACAUGUAUUAUGGAAUAUUUACCAACAAGAGGCGGUGUAUAUGACAUAGCAAUUAAAUUUGCUGAACAACAUAUACCAGGUUCACCAUUUCGAGUUAAUGUUCGUGACCGACUUGAUGCUAAUCGUGUCAACGUUAGAAUGAGUGAAACAAUGCGCGCGAAUGUUCUUCAAGAAAUUCUCAUCGAUGGUCAAUUAGCUGGUGCUGGUGUUCCAUCCGUUGAUAUUUCGGAUAUUCACGGUCGUCGUAAACCGGCAAAUAUUCGCCCAAGGGGUGAAGGCAUAUACGUUGCAGAAUUUACUCCACAAAUCGAAGGUCCACAUCGUAUUGACAUUAACUGGAGUGAUCAACCUAUACUUCAAAGUCCAUUUCACGUUCAAGUUCUUCCUCAUUUCGAACCGCAUAAAGUUACUGUCGACGGACCAGGUAUUCAUAGUGGCAUCCCCGCAUCAUUGGAGACUUACUUUCGUAUUGAUACAACUGAAGCUGGUUUUGAACACCCAGACGUUUUAAUCAAAAGUCCUGAAGGUCUUCUCGUUCCCACGAAAAUUGUCGACAAUAAAGACGGAACAUACAAAGUUACCUAUAAACCGAACGAUGUUGGUCGGUAUUUAAUUAAUGUUAAUUAUGGUGGUGUUCCAAUCAACCAUUCUCCAUUCAACGUCAAAGUGGAGCCAAUAGGCGAUGCAUCGAAAUGCCAUGUUUCUGGCAAUGGCACAAACCCAAACCUUCAAGUAGGUGAAGAAUAUACAAUUACCGUUGACACACACGAAGCAGGUCCUGGCGCAGUAACAUGCCGCAUACGUUCGACUCUUGGCAAUGAUCUUGACAUUGACAUUGUCGAUAACGAAGAUGGUACAUUCAAUCUUUUCUACACCCCACAUAAUCCGGGCAAUUAUGUUAUUAAAAUCAAAUUCGGUGGUCAAGAUAUUCCUGGCGGAGAUUUCGUUGUCACAGCUGGUGAUGGCGAUAAAUACUAUCGGGAUACCCAAAUCACGGAAACCGUUACUUCACGUCAUACAGCAAGUCAAUAUCGACCUGUGGAUUUUCGUUUACCCGUCGGUGGUGGUCAAUUCGGAGAUAUCAGUGCAUUAAUUCGAACACCAACUGGACGAACUCAUACGCCAAUUAUUGAAGAUAAUCACGAUGGCACAGUUUCAAUCAAAUACCAACCAUCAGAAGUCGGUCUUCAUGAAUUAGAUGUUUUCUAUCAAGGCCAACCAAUUGCUGGUUCGCCAUUCAAAUUUCACGUUGAUCAAGUUCAAACAGGUUAUGUCACUGCAUACGGACCUGGUCUUAGUCAUGGUGUUUGCAAUGAACCAUGCAGUUUUCGUAUUAUUACAAAAGAUGCUGGUUCUGGCGGACUUUCAGUCGCAGUUGAAGGAAGUUCAAAAGCCGAAAUUCAAUGUAAAGAUAAUAAAGAUGGUACAUGCGAUGUCACUUAUUGGCCGACUGCACCAGGUGAAUAUACAAUUACAGUUAAAUUCGCCGACAAACACAUUGUUGGUUCACCAUUUACGGCUAAAAUAACUGGUCCACCUUCGUCAAUGGAUCAAUACAAACGAUCGCAAGUUACUCUUGGUAAUCAAAGCGAAUUCAGUUUACGCGUCACUGAAAUGGAUAUUCACGAUUUACAUGCAACAAUACGUUCACCAAGUGGUUAUGAGGAGCCAUGUAUAUUGAAAAAAUUAGCAAACGGAAGUUUGGGUAUAUCGUUUGUCCCACGAGAAAUUGGAGAUCAUUUAGUCAAUGUUUAUCGCGAUGGUCAACAUAUUAAAAAUAGUCCUUUCCGCAUUCAUGUCGGUUCAUCAGAAAUUGGCGAUGCCAGUAAAGUUCGAGUCUUUGGACGUGGUAUACAAGAAGGUAACGAAUGGCAGUACGUCGAUUGUAACAGUCCUCAAACUUUAUAUAUAUAUAUAGGUUAUGCAUAUCAAACAAACGAUUUUACUGUUGUUACACGUGAUGCUGGUUAUGGCGGUUUAUCACUUUCAAUCGAAGGUCCAUCGAAAGCUGAUAUUGAAUGUCACGAUAAUGAAGAUGGUUCAUGUCUCGUUACUUAUAGACCCACUGAACCCGGACUAUAUAUAGUCAAUGUUAAAUUUGCUGAUAAACAUGUGCCAGGUAGCCCAUUUACGGUUAAUGUUGACGGUCAAGGAUCCAAUCGGUUGAAAGAAAGCAUUCUACGUGAACGUCGCGCUGUCGAUGUGACGCAUAUUGGUAGUCAAUGUGAAUUAUCACUAAAAAUUCCUGGUAUGUACAAUCUAGCUAUGCGGACAACUCUUUUUUUGUCAUGGACUUAA